AACCAACCCAGGGGGCUUUAAAGUGUUGCUGAACUAAAGUGCAAGACACUGACUUGUUUCUUGAGCAGUUUUGCAGCCAGAGGAAGGAAAGAAACAGUACAGUGUAAUCACACAAUCAGUUCUUCCUUCGCCCUUGUCAUGAGGUUAGUUAUAAAUUGGGGUGUGGUUAGAUGGCUCCUUCUCCUUAUACAGCAGAGUGGGACCUUUGCAUUUUAUGUUAUAAAAGUGGAUGCCUCAAAAACCACUGGACCUCUGAACCAUUUCUGGAAAAGCACGGGAUUUUGCCCUCCUUUGCCACACAAUAAAUCUGAGCUCUUUGAUCUCAGCAAAGACCAGCGGAUCAACCUUGCAUAUAUUUCUUCUGUGCCACAUAGCGGCAUUGAACAAGUCAGAACCCACUGGUUAUUGGAGCUUGUUACUGCUCGAGUGGAAGAUGGAGAACUUCGCUACAAUUUUACCAACCUGGACAAUUUUAUGGAUCUUCUCUGGGAAAACCAACUAAUGCCAGGUUUCGAGUUAAUGGGAAAUCCUUCUGGGUAUUUUACUGAUUUUGAAGAUAAAAAACAGCUUAACGAGUGGAAGAACUUAAUCACUUUAUUAGCCAAGAGAUAUAUAGAUAAAUAUGGAUUAAGAUAUGUUUCUAAAUGGAAUUUUGAAACUUGGAAUGAACCAGAUCAUCAUGACUUUGAUAACCUGUCCAUGACAACUGAAGGUUUCCUGAACUAUUACGAUGCUUGCUCAGAAGGUUUAAGAGAAGCUAACUCUCUUUUGAAGUUUGGAGGUCCGGGGGAUUCCUUUCAUCCGCUUCCAAAGUCUCCCAUAUGCUGGAGCCUCCUCAGUCACUGCUACAAUGGAACCAAUUUCUUCACGGGAGAGACUGGGGUCCGACUGGACUAUAUAGCUGUGCAUAAAAAGGGGGCCGGGAGUUCUAUCUACAUCUUAGAGCAAGAAAAUGAAGUCGUUCAGCUAAUUCAGAAGCUAUUCCCAAAUUUCACUUCUGUUCCCAUCUACAAUGAUGAGGCUGAUCCACUGGUCGGAUGGUCACUUCCCCAGACAUGGAGAGCCGACGUAACCUACGCUGCUGUGGUGGUGAAGGUUAUCACCCAGCAUCAAAAUCUGCUCAUCUCAAAGGCAAACACCACUGUCAAUUACACAUUGCUGAGCAAUGAUAAUGCCUUUAUGAACUAUCACCCUCACUACUUCACACAAAGAACGCUGACAGCAAGAUUUCAGAUGAACAACACAAACCCACCCCAUGUUCAGGUUGUGAGGAAACCGGUACUUACGGUGAUGGGAUUACUGGCAUUGCUAGGUGAAAAGCAGAUCUCAGCCAACGUCUACAUCGACCAGGAGAAAAUGGAUAGCAAUCACACGAUCGGAGUCCUUGCCAGUUCUCACGAACCCACGGAACUUAACCCAUCAGAUAGCUGGCAGACAACAGUUCUCAUUUACGCCAGUGAUGACAAUCGGACAUCUUCUAACAGCAGUUUUGUGACCAUACGGCUUGCCAAUUUUCCCAAGUAUUACGAGCUCGUAUACGUGGCGUACUACUUGGACAACCACCUCACCAGCCCAUACCUUCAGUGGAAAAACCUAGGACGGCCUGAUUUUCCCUCUGUAAAGCAGUUCCAGCAAAUGAGAGAAGCAGAGGACCCUGUGGUGAUGGGACCACUUCCUUUCCCUAAAGAUGGCCGACUGAUCUUGAAACGGGAACUUCCACUUCCUUCUGUUUUUCUUAUUCAUGUGUGUGCUAGGCCUCACCUUCCUCCUAACCAGGUAAAUGAAGUUCGAGUGAUCCCUCUCACCCGAGGGCAGAUUGCUAUAGUCUGGAGCGAUGCCUGUGUGAAUUCAAAGUGUCUGAAAACAUAUGAAGUAGAAUUCUCACCAAAUGGAAAGUUUUACAAACGGAUUAAUAUGAAGGAUUCUACUUUUAAUCUAUGUGUCUAUAGUCCAGACAAUACAGGUGUCUCUGGUUUCUACAAAGUCCGUGCCACUGACUACUGGGGCAGGCCUGGAUUAUUCUCCAUUCCAGUACAAUAUACAGAAGCUACAGAGUGAGGCGCUGACCAGGAAGAAAAAGGAGGCACCUGCCUACUUCCAUGGGAACACUCGGAUUUAUUAAGCAACCGCUCUAUGUAUGGCGGGGUCAUGGUCGAGAAAAUAUCCCAAGGACACUAACACUAACGGAGCAAAAUUGGCUCUGGUGAUUGAUUAAUCCAGGCUGUGACAGAAAGAUGGUCUGCAUAAUUUCAUGUAAGGAAUUCUGAUGACAACUAGUAGCCUGCAGCCCAGGAUAAAAUAGCAACAUCCAAUUCAGGAGUUUGGGCAUUCAAUUCUGGGGCUCACAAAUUGGUACCUUGGGCUAAGAAGUAUCCUUGUCGAAAGGCAUCAGCUCUAACUAGCCAUUUUUCACAUUCCCUGUAAAUUCUAUUUUCCAAUAAGGUAUUCAUCAAAUUGUAUUUGACCGGGGCUGGCCUCUUCUUCAUUUCUUCAGGUCUGUCUUCGGCUAAUCAUGUCCUCAUGUUUCUUUGAUCUACACUGCCCCAGAAUAAUUUCCCUGCAUGUUCUAGCAUGGUUAGAUAUUUGUUAUUUUCCUUUUUGAUUAACUUGGUUCUCCUUUCCCGAGCCGGGAGAAUGCAAACUUGGCUUCUUCUAGGGCAUGCUACCAACUCUGUUAUGUUGGACUCUCCCAAGCUCUCAGUACAGUGCUCUGCAAACAAUAAGGGCUCAAUAAAUAUGAUUGACUGGUUGAUUGACUGCUGUAAGCUUCAGCCUUCCAACACUCACCCCUCCUCACCAGAGAUUCUCCCUUUCAUCAGAUCCCCUCCCUGGCUGGAGGGGUGAGCUGUGGGACAGCGUCAGCAGCCUACACUCUUCCCUCCCCCUCUAGACCGUCAGCUCGUUGUGGGCAGGGAAUGUGUCUGUUUAUUAAUACAAUAAUACAGUGUACAAAAAUAAUAUUGUACUCUCCCAAGUGCUUCAUACAGUGCUCUGCACGCAGUAAGUAUUCAAUAAAUAUGAUUGAAUGAAUAAAUGAAUGUUGGAGCAGAGGAACCCCCUCUGCUAGUAGCUCUGCCUUUCUCUCCUGCCAAGGACACACUCACCGCCCAGGCUGGCAGUAGCCUGGGCUAUGAGGGAAGGAGGAAAAGGAGAAGGGAAGAACAUGACACAUCCUCCCAAUCCCCCCCGACCCCCAAUAAGGCUCUAGGAGGCAGGGGAGGGGGGCCGUGGGGCAGUUCAUGUAGCAACAGCAUGUGGGGCAAUGAUGUGCAUCGCCAAAAUGCCAAGUCUAAUGCUCAAAUCCAUUUUCUAAAGUCUCUGUCACAAAAGCAGUGAAGUAUGAAUGCUGCAAACAGCAUGCUGUAUUGAGAGGCAUAAAAGAAGAAACCCAAUGACAAAAGUAGCUUAGAAUGUUUCAAUAGCCGAAUAUCCUCCCCUGGCCUCACAGUGGAAGGGAGGAGGUAGAGAGCUGGCCUAAAUGCAUCAUUUUUCCCUCCUCUCCUCCUCCCCACCCCACCAUGCAGGAGUUCGAAGGGAGCAGGGUGUGUAGACAGAUGGAAGCAGAAAGGCACCCACCAAUUACACUGUAGCUCCCCUCUGUUGUUUGGGAAGAGGCUUAAGGAUGGUGGUUUGGUUUUUGUUUUGUUUUUUGACCCACAGCCACACAAGCCAUUAGCUCCGGGUGAAUGAUUCUCCCCUUGAACUGGGCCUCAGGAGGGAUUUGCAGGAGGGCGGGGGGAGAAAGUGGUUCCCAGAUGCAAAGAGGAACAUUGAGCAGAAUGUGUUAUUCGUUCAUUCAGACAGAACAUUGUGCCUAAGGUACAAAACGAAUUUCAAGCAAUAAAACUUGCCAAACUAUUGUGUUAGGCAAACAACAAUGACUAUGCGGUGUGCUUUUUUGCUCCAAAAAUGGCCCAGACUUGAUGCUGUAUUUUCCUUAGCAGGCUCCUGCAAAUAAAGAGAAAUCACCAUUUUAAAUGA